AUGGUGAAGAUUUGGGAUUUAGUGGCUAUACUGCUUAUUGUUUUGGUCCCAAAUGUGUCGUCCUAUGAUCGGCCGGGCACUAAGAAAAAUAUAGUGAUGCAUUCGUCCAACGACGAUCCUAUGUCCACAGAACAGGUGCAUAUAUCUCUGGUUGGGCCAGACAAAAUGAGAAUAUCAUGGAUAACUAAACACACAGCCAUGCCGACCGUUGUAUACGGCACAACCUCUGGAAAAUACGAUGGCUCGGCUAACGGAACAUCGUCCUCUUACCACUACCUGAUGGUUUAUCGAUCGGGCCAGAUUAACAAUGUGGUUAUAGGCCCGUUAAAACCCAAUACAGUGUAUUAUUACAAAUGUGGUGGUCCAUCUUCAACCCAAGAGUUUAACUUCAAGACCCCUCCUUCUCAGUUCCCCAUCAACUUCGCUGUCGCUGGUGACAUAGGCACAACUGAAUGGAGUAAAUCAACAUUGGACCAUGUAUCGAAAUGGGAACAUGAUGUUUUUAUCAUACCUGGAGAUUUGUCGUACGCUGACUUUUGGCAACCCGUGUGGGACACUUUCGGUCGCAUGGUGCAACCACUUGCGAGCAAAAGACCAUGGAUGGUCACUCAAGGCAACCACGAAGUCGAACAGCUUCCUGUCCUCCACCGUAAAGGUUUUACCGCCUAUAACAAUAGGUGGCGCAUGCCAUUUGAAGAGAGUGGCUCGACCUCGAACUUGUACUAUUCCUUCAACGUUGUGGGAGUCCACGUUAUAAUGUUGGGGUCAUACACAGAUUUCGAGCCUGGCUCGGAACAGUACCAAUGGUUAGAAAAAGAUCUCAAAAGCAUAGAUCGUAAGACCACACCGUGGCUGAUGGCUGUGAUACACGCACCGUGGUACAACACAAACGAAGCCCAUCAAGGAGAGAAAGAGAGUGUGGAUAUGAAAGAAUCCAUGGAAACUCUUCUUUAUAACGCUCGUGUCGAUUUGGUUUUCUCCGGUCACGUCCAUGCUUACGAGCGCUUUAACCGGGUGUACCAAGAUAAGUUCGACAAAUGUGGUCCGGUUUAUAUUAACAUUGGAGAUGGGGGAAAUAAAGAAGGCCUUGCUAAAAACUACCGAGAUCCAAGUCCAGCGAUAUCAUUGUUUAGAGAAGCAAGUUUCGGACAUGGUGAACUGGCGGUGAUGAAUGCAACUCAUGCACAAUGGAAAUGGAAGAGGAACGACGAUGAUGUGUCGGUAGAAAAGGAUUCGGUUUGGCUAACCAGCCUCUCAGCCGAUUCAUCUUGUCGGAUUUAA